AUUUUCACGUGAGUAUCAAAAAAAAAAUCUCAUGAAAAAUAAAAGACUUUUAAAGUUUUUUUUAAUAUAAAAAAAGACAGUAUAAAGUAGAAGAAGUGGGGGCGUUUUCUCAUCUGCUCUUCAUUUCGAUAAAUAAUUGAAAAGAACAAAAGAAACAAAAGAGACGAGAAAGAGUUUUGGCGAUGAAGAAGAACGCACUUUGGCUACUGUGCAUUCUGGUGUUACCGGCGAUAGCCUGUGGUAGGAAACCGGAGAAGAAGGUAACAAUUUCAUCCUCUGGGAGGAAGGAAGAUGACCUUGUAACCGGUUUGCCCGGCCAACCACCGGUUAACUUCAAACACUACGCCGGUUACGUGAAUCUGGGGCCUGAACAGAAGCAAAAGGCACUUUUCUAUUGGUUCUUCGAAGCUCAACAAAACUCUUCUCGUCGUCCUCUCGUCCUUUGGCUCAAUGGAGGACCGGGUUGCUCAUCAAUAGCCUAUGGAGCUGCACAAGAACUAGGCCCUUUUCUUGUUCACGACAACGGUGGCAAACUUACCUACAAUCAUUUCUCUUGGAACAAAGAGGCCAAUAUGUUGUUCUUGGAAGCGCCGGUUGGGGUUGGGUUCUCGUAUACCAAUAACUCAAUGGAUCUUCAAAAGCUUGGAGAUGAAGUUACUGCAUCGGACUCUCUUGCUUUCCUGAUCAACUGGUUCAUGAAAUUCCCCGAGUUCCGAUCCAGCGAGUUCUACAUCUCUGGCGAGAGUUACGCCGGUCACUAUGUUCCUCAGCUCGCGGAGGUAAUUUACGACAGGAACAAGAAGGUUACGAAAGACUCUAGCAUUAAUCUCAAGGGAUUCAUGAUAGGGAACGCGGUGAUCAAUGAGGCAACAGACAUGGCAGGACUAGUGGACUACGCAUGGAGCCACGCUAUAAUAUCGGACGAGGUCCACACCAGCAUCCAUGGCUCGUGCAGUUUUGAGGAAGAUACCACCAACAAGACCGAACAAUGCUACAACAAUUUCAAAGGGUUCAUGGAUGCUUACAAUGAUAUCGAUAUAUACAGUAUCUACACUCCCGUUUGCCUCUCCUCUUUGUUGUCAUCUUCUCCAAGAAAACCUAAAAUCGUCGUGUCUCCUCGUCUCCUUACUUUUGACGAUUUGUGGGACAAGUUUCCGGCCGGGUACGAUCCAUGCACUGAAAGUUAUGCCGAGAAUUACUUUAACCGGAAAGAUGUGCAGGUUGCACUCCAUGCGAACGUCACCAACCUUCCUUAUCCGUACUCUCCUUGCAGCGGAGUAAUAAAGAGAUGGAGUGAUGCUCCAUCCACCAUGAUUCCCAUCAUACAAAAGCUUUUGACGGGUGGCCUCCGUAUCUGGAUCUAUAGUGGAGAUACGGAUGGGAGAGUUCCGGUAACAUCUACACGUUAUAGCAUAAAAAAGAUGGGACUUAAGGUCGAGUCACCGUGGAGGUCAUGGUUCCACAAGAGUCAAGUAGCUGGAUGGGUUGAGACUUAUGCCGGUGGACUAAAUUUUGUCACGGUGAGAGGAGCCGGUCACCAGGUUCCGGCCUUGGCUCCGGCGCAAUCUCUCACAUUAUUCUCUCACUUCAUUUCUUCUGUCCCCUUGCCUUCAAAACGGUUCUGAUAUCAGUACCGUCAAGUCAUGAUGGCAAGUUGUUGUUGUUGUUUUGGAACCUUCGUUUAGCACUCUCCCAAUUGAUUUUAUGAAUUUCAAUUGAUGAAUAAAGAUUCUUCAACUUUUAGUUAUAUAAUAAGGCUUUUACCUUUCUACGCACGUUUUUCGUUGUUU